AUGGCUGUCUUCUGUUGUUGUGGCCGUCGACCGCCCAACAAGGACAAGAAGUCAACCUCGCCCCAUGAUGGGCCCGUGAUACCGUCACCACCGCCCCCUGCUAUCCUUUCUACGAUCUCAUCGCCAAGCCAGCCUCCCGUCGCUGAGCCCAACUCAGUCAUUCACUUGAAUCAAUCAAAAUGCUCACUGCCUUUGGCAACUCCGAUUCCGGGAGCCCCAUUGGAGCCCGCCGAGAUCAACGAGCUUGUCAUUGAUGAUUCCGACAGCGGACCCGAUUCGCCGCAACCAAGGAGAAGUCGCGCCUCGAGCACUCUACAUUUUGUCAAAAGUCACCUGCGAAAACACAUGUCGCAAGACUCUCUUCAACGGCAGUCUAGGACCACGAUCGGUAGUAGUACCGAGGAGCUUGCUCGACGGGCUGAACUGCGACGUCUUAUGCGAAAGAGAAUACAAGAAGAGCUACAGACCGAAGACAGCCGAGACAUGGAAAGCGAUGUCCCAUCUACCGUCCUGAGAUCGUCGGCACCACCGCCUCAUUGUGACCAGCUCCCCGGCGGAGGACCGCGUGACAAUCUCGAGUUUUCCGUCAUCGAAGCUAUCGAGGACGUCGGAUCUGACAGUAGCCCCGUAGCAACUGAAGAAUCAACUUCCUCUUCUCCCGAUUCGGCAAACAAGUCUGAAUCUGCGGCGGUAAAAGAAGUUUCUCCCAACCCACGUCGAGUGAGCUGUCCAGAAUACACGACGUCAACAGAUCACUCAAACUCUUUACGACCAGCUUCUCGGGCUGCCCUUCGCGAACGAAGGAACUCCUUGCCGCCUCUAUCCUCUAGCUCUCAUUCAACACAAGCCCUGGGUUCAAGCGCGACAGGAUCUUCAUUGGGGUCUUUGUUAGCCUCGGAAAACAUUCAUAGCGCCAGCGGGCAGGCCGUCACGGCGGUCGUGGUCAAUGGCGGCAUCUCACCCAAAGACAUCAAGCGACAUACAACAAUCGAGUUCAAAAAUACCAUCGUUAGACGAGUGCCACGUCGUGAUUCUUGGUCUCCAAAGCUACCCGGGGUUUAUUCUAAAUCCCGAUCAAGAUCUCCGCCAGUGUCUGAUGCUCUCGACCUCGAUCACUCGCCCAUGAAGACAUGGCUGAGAUGCCAGGAACUAUGUACUACCUCGGGGCCAAGUCACCACAAUGAACUGCCUGUCACGCAUCACGAUGGACCAAGCGAUGAUAGAGAGCGACGACAAGCAAGAUCAGCAUCCGAAGCAGAUAACCUCACCCUGCAGUCAGGCGUAGAUAUCGCUCCCGGGAACACAGAUCCUAGCGAGCUCCAAGACGCUACUGUCCUUCGCGGUGGAGCUCUUGGUGAUGGCGAUUGCUCUCAUUUAGCCAGCUCGGAUUGCUCAGUCCAUCCCCCUUCAGCACCAUCAUCAGUACUUCAGGCACAUGAAUCUGGCGGCUCUGGAACAUUUUCAAAUAUUUGUCAACCAAGUAAGACCUGCCGAAGAUCAAUGUCAAUAAGCAACUUGAUCAGCUUGAAUAUGGGGUUCGGUUUAGCGACCAAGUGGCUUCAGCCAUUUUCCAACCGAGAAUCGUGCAGGUUUCCGAGCAGCAAGGUCGUCAUGGUCCAAAACAACACGUCAACUGUCAGCCUCCCAGUCCUAGGAAGCGUUGGGACUAUCCCCUUUGCGCCAUCAGGAGCGGUUUCCGAAGCAUCUAGCUACCAUCGCCGUGAAGCAGAGCUCCUGUCUAUUCCAAAGAGGUUUACUCCAGGGCGCGUGGUCAACUUCCAAUCCUCAAGUCGCUUCAGAGAGGAGUUCGAAGAGCAGCAUGAUAAGCAGGCAGCUGAAAGACCGUCCUUGUUCACACGACUGCAUCUAACCAUUCCCAAAAGAGCAAAACUUGCCUCUAGAGCUCCAGCAAUCGAUGAUGGAGUUGACUUGACUGGGGCACAGCUCUCAACAUCUGGUGGAGUUCACGUGAAUGGCAAGCAUUUUCCAAGCCCAGGAGGGGCAAUCGGCAUGUCGUUGCCGUACAAAGAGUCUUCGGCUCAUUCUUCCAACAUACCAGAAAGCGCCGAAGACGUCUGGCGACGUGCUAUCAGGGCUGAGGCUGACGAGCGUCGGUCUCUCGUCUGCGGCAGUAUCAGGAGAAGCAGCCUAAGGACGCCUAGCCCUUGCGCUCUCCGCAUGGGAGAGGGUUCAAGGCCGAGUAAACUGCCAUUAACUGAGUCGAGCAUGCACAGACCGAGCCACUCAGGUCUCUUCGAAAUGAGAGCGUCAGUAAGUCAACAGGAGUACGAAUACGAGGGGUUCCUGAAGAGCUCAAAGUCGUCCAACCAGGCUUUGGAGGACUGGGUUCGUCAGAAAUUUGAAGACGCUCCCAAAACGAACUACACAAGCGAAAAGAUCCCGAAGUCAUGGGCGAGGUUCCCAUCACACACAAGAAAACAGAGAAAUGGCCCGGUCAGCAGCGAGAGCCAUGUGCUAGCCAAGGACUUUGCAGUCAAGUCGGAGGCUGUGAAUGCCAUGACCACAUGGCUCACUGACCAGGAUAGCACCAAGACCGCAGCCACAGCAACAUCUGCGAAGAAAGUUGUGAGGGGAUCUCGAGUUCUAUCUGGGAAGCUAAACAAGCUCAUGAAGAUCAGCCUCGACAAGCUUGUUCCCUCUCGGGAUGCCCGUGGAGAUGCCGUGAGCGAGGUUGGCAACUCGGGGCGCUUGGGCUUCGACAGCAGUCAAGUAGAGUAUCCAGAGCUACAAAUCCAGCCGAGCCCUGGUGCCUUUCGGGAACUACAAGCACUUGAGCAUGAGAUUGAGUCGCUCAAAGGCACGAUGACACAACACAGUCGGCAACAAUCGGCCGAAUCACGCCAAAUUAACGGCGAACUCUCUGGUAUUAGUAGCAACUUCAUCUCGAUGAUACAGGAUGUAUCCUAUUCGGUCGACGGUAUGAGAGAGCAAUCUAUUUCUAUGACUGCGGAAGUGACAUUGCCUGUCAAACCAUCGCCAAACCCUUCAAGACCCGCGAUAGCCCCUACAACGCCAAGCAACAAUCGGGUAUUACUGGAUCAGGAGAUCCUGCUGAUGUCCAAAGGCUCCAGUGCCAGCGAAAGUGAGGUCUUUGUUACCCCAACUAGCCAGAUUUUUAAUAGCGAGAGUCCCACGUCCGCGGCAGUAUCAAGGACCAGUAAUGGGAAGACUGCUGACUUGGAUGAUGAUUCGGUAUCGGCGAGAAGCACAUACACAGUGAUUACGGGCUUUCCAACAGGUAGAGGGGCCGAUAGGAGGCCAUCAUUGCAGACUCCCACGCAUCCGAAGACUUCAUAG